AUGUCUGAACUUCCUCGCACGGUGCGUGAUUUUCAGCCUAACCAUUCUAAUGGUAUGAUUCCAAUUGUGAUAAAGCGGUUGUUCAAAUCGCCUAAGAACCUUGAUUUUGAGACAGCUUCAUGGGAGAUGAUCAAUUUAGUCAUUAAACCACGUAUGGCAUUCAAGUCCUUCUAUUACAAACGCCAGACAAAAGAAUCUUGGGCUAGGGACGAUCCUUCUUUUUUUAUUUUACAAAUUGGGUUGCUUACACUGAGCUCCAUGGUAUGGUCAGUUGUUUAUGGACAUAGUUUUGGACAAUUCUUAAAGAUGAUGAUAUACAUGAUUUUCAUCGACUUCUUUGCAUUUGGUGCCAUUAUGGCAACUUUCUUCUGGGUCAUUUUAAACCGUCCGUUUUUCAAAUUUAGGAGUGCCCUCAGCGCAAGGGUGGAAUGGGCGUACUGUUUUGAUGUUCAUUGCAACGCAUUCUUGAUCAUUUGGUGUUUAUUAUAUUUCCUUCAAUUCCUUUUAUUGCCAAUAUUGAACCUGCAUGCAUGGAUUGCUCUACUUUUAGGUAACUUGUUAUUUUGCACUGCGGUAGGUUACUAUUUCAUUUUGACUUUCUAUGGAUACAGUCAGUUACCAUUCCUGAAGAAUAUAAACUUUAUACUACUGCCUUCGCUUCUGAUGGCCAUACUCUUUUUCGUGAGUUUGUUCGGCAUUAAGUUGGUUGACAAGUUUAGCUUUUACAAUAUUUCUUAG